AAAAGAAGACACAGAGAAAAAAAAAGAGAGAGAGAAAAACGAGUUGGUGUUUUUGGUUCAUGCUCUUUUCUUCGACGAAGAGGUCCUCUCGAUUCAGAUCAUCCACAACACAACACAACACAAACUCCCUUCGCACAAAUCCAUCAAAACCCACGUCAAAUCUCACCGACCCAUUUUCUAUUAACACCCCCCCUUAAAUCUUCAACCACCCUUUUUCAAACCAUUUUCUCCGAUCCCUCAGGUGAUGAUUCCAACGAUAAUGGACGUAAAAUUGAAUGGUUUUCGCGUAAUGGUAGCGACAGCAUGCAGUAACUGAAUACGUUGUGAGUGAGUGAGAUUGUGGAAAUCAAUAACCAUGUCGUCGAAUCAAGUUGUGAAAGUAAAGAGAGAAACGAUUGCAACAUGCAUGACUUGCCCACUCUGCAACAACUUGUUCAAACAAGCUACAACUAUAUCUGAAUGUCUUCACACGUUUUGCAGGAAGUGCAUUUAUGACAAAAUUACAGAUGAAGAUUUGGAAUGCUGUCCAGUAUGCAACAUUGAUUUGGGUUGUGUUCCUCUUGAGAAACUAAGGCCUGACCACAGUAAGCAAGAUGUAAGGUCCAAAAUUUUCCCAAUAAAGGGAAAAAAGGUUAAAGAACCUGAAGUUGUUGCCGCCUCAGUACCAUUGCCAGCUAAAAGAAAGGAAAGAUCACUUUCAUCUUUGGUGGUCAACACACCAAGAGUAUCUGCACAAACAACCAUGACGGGAAGAAGAACAAAACCUACAAGAAAGGCUAGCAGUAUGCGGUCUUCUAGUUUUUCCAUUGAAAAGACAGUUAAAAAGGAGGAAGAAAUAUUGGAUGAUUGUCCCGAGAGUUCAAACUCACCGGAAACUUCAAAUAAGUUUGGUCAAAACAAUGGACAGCAGAGUGAGGGUAGUCAAUCAACACCAAAUAAAGAAACAGAAAACGGUGCUGAAACAUGGGAUGCAAAGUUGGAUCUUUGGAAACCUUUGAAUUGUUUAGUAGAGGUUGCAAGCAGGACUAAAUCUUUCAAGUCGAAUACGCAAGGGUCCGAUGCUAAACCAGAACCUGUUCACGUAACUGAGAAUAACUCUCAAGUGCAGAAAAUAAAAAAUAAGGAAAAUAAACGCAAGGCAAAAGUCGAUGAUGAAAAGAUUAGCCCUUUUCCGGUUUCUUCAGAUACAGCAAAACCGAAUAAAUCACGCAGAGUACGUAGGAAAAAGGAACCUUUUGGAGAAUCUGGCAUAUCACCCCAAGCUGUGGUGGAUUCUACUAGCGAUAAACUCUUUAAGAGUGGUCCAAUUUGGUUCUCCUUAGUGGCUUCUGAAAACCAGGAAGGAGAUGCACCCUUGCCACAAAUUCCUGCAAGUUAUGUGAGAAUAAAGGAUGGAAGUGUACCUGUCUCAUUUAUCCAGAAAUACCUAGUGAAGAAACUAGAUCUCACCAGUGAAGCUGAGAUUGAGAUUAAAUGUAUGGGACAACCAGUGCUCCCUACACUGAGACUACAUAAUUUGGUUGAGUUGUGGCUUGAUUCAACGGUGUCCACAUCACACCGAAUUCCAGCGAUUAUUGGGUCCUCGGCAAAAGAUUUUGUCAUGGUCCUGGCUUAUGCUCGAAAGACUCCACACCCUUGAUUCACAUUUUUAUCGCACCUUGGAAAUCUUCAUUGUUGCAUCGUCGCAUGCAAUGUAUGUUGAAUAUAUGUUUGUUCUGUCACCUUGUUGCCAAAAGAAAUAAUUUAUAUAGAAAUUCUUACUUCUCCAUAAAAACAUACCCCUUUUAGAGUACCAUGAUCUGGUUGGUCAUUUUGUAAUGAUCAUUCUUUCUUUUUAAGACCUUUUUUUUUGUAUUUUUAAAUGAUCUUGUUAUUCCAAUAAUAAUUUGGAGUGCACAUGUGACUUAGAUAGCUACAGGCCACCAUACUGGUCAAAAGAUAUAAUUUGUUGGGAAUUUGACAUUUGAAUGGAGAGAUUUUCUUUUUAUA